GUCAGACGUUUGCAGGCAUCGGUGUCGAGAAGACAAAAAUUUUUUUAGUCAAUUGCAUUUGCGGAAAUUAAGUAACAAAUCUUCUUGGUGGAAGAAGCAAAGGUGAGGUGAUCGAGAGAUUAAGAACGAAAAAUUCUAUCUUUAGACCCAGUGAAAAUGCUUUGGAAUGUGAUCUGUACGUUGUUAUUUCUAUCUAUCGGGACCUCAACUGGAUAUAUCACACAGAAACCGUCUUUCCUGAAAACGUGCCCCAUUCAGACGGUAUCGGAAGAGGAAUUCACAAAAUGUUCCACGGAGGACAUUCAGAGACUCUUUCAGCACUUGUACACUGGGAUUGAAGGUCUCGAAGAUGUGGUUGUUGAUCCACUAAAAAUAAACCGCAUCAAAGUAUUACAAGGUGCUGGUCCUGUGAGUUUAAAUGCGUCCUUGUCAAAGGUCACCGUGACGGGAUUUAGACACACAAAAGUCACUGAAAGCAAGGUCAAUCCCAAGGAUUUCAGUUGGGAGACCAAAUUCUUCCUCCCAAAGGUUCGCAUUGAAGGUGUUUACACGAUGCAGGGCAGAAUCCUUAUUAUACCCCUCAAUGGCCGGGGAAAGUGCUGGCUAGAGCCUGUUAACAUGAACAUCCACAUGUACACCAGGACGAGACUGAUUGAGAGGGAUGGCUUUGUGUUCUACAAUGUGACAGGAACAAGGGUGGAAUACGAUAUCAGUGGCCUAAGAUUGCGCUUUGACAAUCUCUUUGACGGAGUCAAAGCUCUGGAGGACAGUACAAAUGCCUAUCUGAAUGAAAAUUGGCGUCCUGUCAAUGAGGGCCUUAAACCAGUUAUCGCCAAAACCGUAGAGGAUAUCCUUCUGAGAAUGAUGAAGAAGAUCUUUGACAAUAUUCCCGCCAAUUUCUUCGUGUCUGAUAUACCAAAACCCAGUGAACUGUACAGUCGGAAGAAUAACUAAAGCGAGACAUUCCAACUGCAAAUGCGUUAAUAAAAUGUGUAAAUAAGGUGAAGAGCUAUGUACAUUCCAAUGUUAAUGAAUUAAGAGCCUAGUCUAGACUACAAACAAUAUAUAUGUGUGAAAUUAAUUAAAAUUACAGAAAAAAAAACUGUUUCUAUUUC